GGGAGCAGCUUUCAACAGUUGAGGAGGAGACGCGACUCAUUCUGAUUAUCUUCAAUCAUCUCGCACCUUAUUUUCUCCUCUCUCACUCUCCGGCUCGCUCUCGUCUUCUUCCGCUGUGCAACAGAUAAGCGUGGCGGCUGAUGGAUGCAAACAGAAGCGCCUUCGAAUCGGACUGGAUUACGGGAUUAGCGGACUGAUUAGUGGACCACAAAAAAAAAAGGGGGGGAAAAAGAAAAAAAAGUAACCGCUGUGAAUGCUCCUCGGCGAAAGGAGCACACAAAAGGUUGCGCCGGAGGAAGGGGAGGGCGAAGCGAGCGGCUGCAGCCACGCUCGUUUGCUUCGUGCACUUUACUGGAGGAGGCUCAGACAGUCAGGCAGGCAGCCCCCCGAUGCAACAGUGUGCCGCACCGGAGACUAAAGUCACACAAUGCACCGGCGGUGGUAACGCGGAGCGAUGGUGCAAUUUGGAGCUUUGCAGCGUGCAGAUGUCGCAUGAGGGCAAUGCGCCUGUUUUGCCUUUUUUCUUCACCUCCUCCUUUUUCUUCUUCCUACUGAAAGGCAAGCUCUAACCUUCACCAUGCUUUAACCUUGGACGCAGAGGGGAAUAUUAAUACUUUAUUCUCAUCGAUUAUUCAUUGUGGGAGCCCCGCUGAGAGGGGAAACAAAGCAUUCCAAUGUUGAAUUUGAUCUUUAAUUCAUGCACGGGGUGUCGUCGGGCGGUCAUCUUUGUUUACAGAAAGAGUUCAUCAACGCAGAGCGGCAUGUGAGAGAGCUAAUGCCCAUUAAAGAGGGUUCACAAAUCGAUUUGAUAUCCAAUUAGCAGGGCAGCAACAUGCCUGCUUUGGAUUUUGUCCUCUAAAGGUUUUGUGGAAUAAUCAACAGGUUGAAAGUCAGUUUUUUGUUUUUCUUUUUCUACUGUGUGCCAGUACCGCAUAUCCAACUGAAGGGAUGCGUCUCUCUGUUCCCAUCUUCCUUUUGCUGUGGGUUAAAGCCCUGACAUUGAAAAACCUCAGUUAUUCUGUCCCGGAGGAGCAAGGACCCGGCACUGUCAUCGGUAAUAUCGCGAAAGACGGCGGAUAUGAGACCCUGGAGAGAGGGAAAAAAUCCAACUUCAGAGUGUUGGAGAAUUCUGCACCACACCUGGUGGACGCCGACCCAGAGAGUGGACUUAUUUUCACCAAACAAAGGAUUGACAGGGAGACGUUAUGCAGGCGGAACCCAAAGUGCCAGCUCUCCAUGGAAGUGUUCGCCAAUGACAAAGAAAUAUGCAUGAUCAAGAUCGACAUACAGGACAUCAAUGACAACUCACCCAGUUUCCCUUCAGAUCACGUUAACAUCGAUAUCUCGGAGAACGCGGCUGCGGGCACGCGCUUCCCGCUGACUAUUGCACAUGACUCGGAUACCGGGGAGAACGGGAUCAAGACUUAUCAGGUCACCAGAGAUGAUUACAAUACAUUCUCGCUGGAUUUAAAAGUAAGAGGCGAUGGGACUAUCUAUCCGGAGCUGGUGGUUCAGAGACCGUUGGAUAGGGAAGACCAGAGCCAUCACACCCUCCUCCUCACUGCCAUAGAUGGGGGCGAGUAUCCGAGAUCAGGCUCCAUGCAAAUCAAUGUCAGGGUGACUGAUUCGAAUGACAAUAGCCCCAUUUUUGAGAAAUCCUCCUAUGUGCUGGAACUCCCGGAGAAUUCCCCGCCUGGAAAAGUACUCAUAGAUUUAAACGCCACCGAUCAUGACGAAGGAAGCAACGGACAGGUGGUUUACUCCUUCACAGGAUAUGCAUCUGAGCGAAUACAAGAUUUGUUCUCCAUUGAUCCCAGUACUGGAGUCAUCAAGGUCCAGGGCGAAAUUGACUAUGAAGAAAAUCCGAUUAUAGAAUUUGAUGUGCAGGCCAAGGAUCUCGGGCCCAACCCCAUACCAGGCCAUGCGAAAAUUACUGUCAAAGUGCUUGACAAAAAUGACAACUCGCCAAUAAUCAGUUUUGUUUCUGUGCGGCAGGGUGCCAUCAGCGAGGCGGCACCCUCCGAAUCUGUCAUCGCGCUUGUCAGAGUGACUGAUAAAGAUUCCGGCCGAAACGGUCAGCUCCAGUGCCGCGUGCUGGGAAAUGUUCCUUUUCGACUGCAGGAGAACAAUGACAAUUUUUACACGUUGCUCACCGACAGACCUUUGGAUCGGGAAACCAAGGACGAAUAUAACGUCACGAUCGUAGCCAGAGACAACGGCAUCCCCUCUUUGAACUACACCAAGUCGUUCACUGUGAAAAUCUUGGACGAGAAUGACAAUGCACCUCGUUUUACAAAAGUCGUUUAUGUGCUACAGGUGCCCGAGAACAACAUCCCAGGAGAGUAUCUGGGCUCCGUGCUGGCCCCUGAUCCGGAUGUAGGCCGCAACGGCACUGUAACCUACUCCAUUUUGCCAUCGCAUAUCGGCGAAGUGUCCGUUUAUACGUACGUGUCAGUUAACCCCACCAACGGAGCCAUUUACGCGUCACGCUCUUUUAACUAUGAGCAAACGAAAUCUUUUGAGUUCAAAGUACAGGCUAAAGACGAAGGCUCCCCUCACAUGGAGAGCACCUCCACCGUUAGGGUCAACAUCCUUGAUGUAAACGACAAUCUCCCAGUGAUCAUUUUACCGCUCCUUCAAAAUGAUACAGCAGAAAUCCCAGUGCCUCGGAACGUGGGUAUCGGCUACAUUGUGGCUACGGUGAAAGCAGUGGACCACGAUCACGGAGAGAGCGGACACUUGACAUACGAGAUCGCAGAAGGGAACGAUGACCACCUGUUUGACAUGGAUCCGAUAGGCGGCGAAGUACGGACCACCCGCGCCCCGUGGGAAGAGGUCUCGCCCGUGGUGGAGCUGGUGGUUAAGGUAACCGACCACGGCAAGCCGCCCUUGUCCACCGUGGCUAAGCUGGUCAUCAAGGCCAGCACGGAAGUGGCAGCAGGUGGUGGGGGAUCCGGCAUGAGCGGCGAGCGGCCGCACUGGGACGUAUCUCUACCCCUCAUCGUUACCCUCUGCAUUAUCUCUGUCAUGCUCUUAGCUGUCAUGACCGCCAUCGCUGUCAAGUCCAAGCAUCAAGAUAAAGAGAGCGGGAAUUAUAACUGCCGCAUGCCUGAGUACUCCAAUCCUCCGGUGGGGAAGGGCAAGAAGAAGCGGAUCAACAAGAGUGACAUCAUGCUGGUGCAGAGCGAGAUGGAGGAGCGAGAUUCGGCUAGCCGCAUGAACGUGGUGAGCAGCCCCUCGCUCAUUACCUCGCCUAUAUGCUUCGACUACCAGAGCCCCCUGCCGCUCACGCUGCCCAGUUCCGAGGUCAUGUACCUGAAAACCACGCCAAACAGCCUGACGGUACCCAGGGCAGGUUGCCACUCCAGCUUUGCCGGGCUGAGCACAGACACUCCAGCAAACAGGAUGUCAGUGAUACAGACAGAAAACUUCCCCUCCGAGCCUAAUUACGGUGGCAGCAGGCAGCCGUUUGUUCAAAGCUCUACAUUUAAGGAUGCAGAACGAGCGAGCCUCCGAGACAGUGGCCAUGGUGAUAGUGACCAGGCUGAUAGUGACCAGGAUACUAAUCGAGGCUCCCAGUGUGACACGUCUGCCAGGGAGGCCCUCAAGAUGAAAGCCACAUCAGUUAACGGGCAGCCUUUCGAGCAGGAACAAGACAAAUCAGUCCACUGCACCGAUGAGUGUCGUGCACUGGGACACUCUGACAGAUGCUGGAUGCCAAAGUUACGGAUCGGAAGCCAAGCAGACAGCGCCGAUAAUCGCACCAACCUUUUCAUCCCCGUGGGAAUGGAUGCCAUGGUAGAGACAGAGAUUUAUGGCACCAUCAGCCGCGGCAGUCGGAAAACCCUCAGCACUUUCGGGAAGGAGCAGCGGGACAGCACCGUCCUCGUGGCCAACGUCAAACCCUACUUGAAAUCGCAGCGUGCGCCGUGCCCGCCCCUGCAGGAGAGUCCGCCGGGCCCCAGAAGCCCCACCAAGAGCGGGACGGCCCCAGACGCGGGCGAGCGAGAGGUGAAGGAGGAGCGGGAGGGGGGCUCAGACAGCAGUGCCUACGGCCCGCCGGACGGCCAGUGCUCGCCGCUGCGCACCGCGCUGGAGGAGGCCUCCUACCUGACCCGCGACCUCCGGCCCAAGGCGCUGUCUAGCAGCCUCAUUCACAGCGCCGUCAUCAGCCAGGAGUGCGGCGUGUCCGAGUACGAGCCGCGGGACUCGGGGAACUGACAAGCGUGGGAUUGGGGCUGACUUUUUGCUUUUUGUUGUUUGUUUCUUUGGGGUCCGAACAUUGUAUAACCAAAAAUCAUCUGCUUUGUGUCUUUCUUUGUUUUUUUUUUUGUUUGUUUUUUUACUCGGUGACUUGUAGGGAUGGGCAAUCGGCUACUUUUCCUUGAUCGAUAAUGGAGAAAAAUAAUCAAUUAAUCGAUUGUUUUUUGGGACUCUCUUGAAUGAAUGUUCUGAACUCCUGUUGCCAUGCCAGUGUUGUAUCGAGCAGAGAACUUGGGCCACAGCAUGGAUAUGUCUUCUUUAGACAGCAGACAACAGGCGCAGCUCAAUGAAUCAGAAUAUCGUCGAAAAGUUCAAUAAUUGCAGUCGCUCAAUUCAAAAAGCGAAACUCAUGAGGUAAAUCCCCACUUAUUCGGUUCAGCCUUUACAAAUUUGCCAGUUGGCUGACUAUUCUCUGUGUUUUGGCCAAAAAAAACCACUUAUUUGCUGUUUUUGUGCCCAGGCCUUGCCAUCUGGUGCCAUCUUGGCGCUAAGGAACUGUGAACUAUUGAAGUGAAUUGAGGAGCUUCUUUUAGACAUUAGCCCUUUGCCGCCAUCUUUUCGCAUCUUACAGCAAUUACAGGUACAGCAUAAACCUUUUUGAGGGGGCUUCACUUACUUGCGGAUUUUCCGUAUUCAUGGCAGGGCUUGAUCAUUUUUCAAUGAGUGCAAUAUUUCAUAAUUUUCUUCUGAGUGACGUGGCAAAGGUAGUGGUACAAGUGGUAUAGGAAAUGGAUUAAAGGAUGAAUGAUUAUUGCUGUCAGCUAAUGAAAAUCCCAAAUUCCCAUCUCAAGAAUAGAACACAUUAUAUUAGAAAUUUUAUGAAAUAAUUUUUUUUUUCAAGCAGCAAUGAAAGAGCCCUCGCACCACCUUUUACAUGGCGAAUCCUUAAAAUGAUCGCCAGAGUGUGACGCCAAAAGUUCAAUUCAAUAAAUGAAACUCAUACAUAUUACAUUGAUUCAUUAAACAGAUUGGAAAAUCAAGUGCAUUUUGGGGGGUCUUCACAUGCCCGAAAAAACUAAAUAUUUGGAAGUGUGUGAGGUAUUUUGUAAAUAUACAUUUUUUAGGGGUCCUGAAACCGAACGGCUCAAAACUCACUCAGUAGCAGCCCCCUGGAGAUGUAGAAACGGGUGCCUUUUAUGUACCCCAAGCAAAUAAUUGUAAUAUUUUACCUAAAAUAUAUAAAAUGGGCAGCACGGUGGACGACUGGUUAGAGCAUGUGUGGUAAAUCUAUAUAAGUUUUACUUUUUGAAUUGAAAUACUGAAAUAAAUGAAGUUUUCCACAAUGUUCUCAUUUAUUGAGAUGCACGAGUCAGCUGACUGCAGCCAAUCAGUGCGCUCUAUCUAGCCACAACUGCUUCAAUCAAUCAUUCCCACUCAUUACGACCUUAAUGAUCGAUGAAUCGAUUGAUUACAAGCCCAUCCCUAGUGACUUGUUGUGUUUAGGUGGAAAUUGUGUCCUUGACUCUUUGCUGUGAAGGUUUGCGGGCCAAUCAGUGCUUACCUGACUUCAAGUGUUUCCAUGGUGUACUGUACCUGUCAAUUUAGAUGUCCGUAUUUUACACAUUGCAGACGCCAAUUUUGUGUGGCUGUUGGAACAAAAUCGCUACUGUUAAGCUUUUGAGUCCUGUCUGCUUUUGUACGGUGAAGCUAUCUGUCUCCAUUUAGUGUUUAAAGGAACGUCACUUUGAAAAUCAAAGGCCGACCGCAUACAUAUCAGUGGCGUUACAUACAAAAGUGAAGUGUCUUAUGAACUGUAACGGUGGUGCAACAGGGGACGUCCCUUUUCAUGAAACCAUUCGAGGUUCUGAUGAAACAAUUUUUUUAAGAAUGUAUUUGUAAUUUUAUCGUCGUCCUCUCUGCUGUUUGUGUGAAAAUAAGCUGGGCUUACACGUGAAUGUGGGCUACUGUACUGUAUUUGUGUAUUUUAUUAAAUUUGUAUACACUGUGUGCACAGAAGGACGUUGUUUUUCAGCCAAUGAUGACUUUUGAAGCUGUUGUGUUCAUAUGUGAGAGACAUGUUAAAGCAACAAUAUGUGACUUUUUUCAUCUGCUCCCGGGCUCCCCCUUCAGGUGUAAAAUGUAAUUUUGCUUUGACUGUUAUAAAUACAAAUCGACAGUGAAAGACAGAUUUUCUGAUUUAAAAAACAACAACAACAUGGCAUUUAAAAAAAAAAGCCGAUAAAUGCGAUAAACACUCCAAAAAGUCAAGUUUUGACUUAAUCCCGCCGCACACCGUUCUGCACAUCCGAAACCGACUGAACUGUUUUCAUGAGUCGCCGACGGUUGGCCACCGGUUUUCGUGCUAGCAUGGGAUUGCAACAUCGCAGAUGUAACAGCCAAUCGAAAAGCUUUCACCCCCAAAAACAUGUUUCCGGGUUUUACAUUCAUAAUUACCUGUGGCUCGAAAGCAAAGCGUGUAGAGUCUGUUGCCGAAUUGCACGGGUGCAGUUUGUGAAUGAGACCAUCGAUUAUGGGCAACAGACUCUGAAAACAUUCACUCUCUUUCCUUAUUCUCGCUUGUUUCCUCUUCUUUGUAAUCCUCCACGUCUUCCUUGACAAUUGCGCCAUGGUUUUGUGGUUUAACAAAAGAUAAUUCAGUAAAGUAUAUUGGAUGUGCGGAGUCUCUAAACUCGAUACAAGGUUGCAGUUUUUCCGUGGUAGCGCGUCAGUCGAUAUCGGGUGCUCAAUCGCUUGGUGUGUGGCGAAGAAUCGCCGACUGUGGUCCACUUCAGUCGAUAUACAUUUCCCAAUCACUGUUUUAAAGUAAAAUACUGCAUAUUGUUGCUUUAUCAAACAAACAAAAAAAAGAAUACGAAUGAUCCUACAAAUGUUCCAAUGACAACAAUGCAUUGUGGAAGCAGAUAUGUGUUUUGGAGCAAUUAAAUAUAGAUCCUUGUUG